UAAACGAACUAAUAUUUUUUUUGUUUAGGCGUUUGGCGAUUUGCUAUGCCGAUACGAUUUUAGAUUUUAUAUAUUUUCAUCUCAUAAAAUAUUUCACGUACUUACUAUACUUCAAGAUCAGUGUGAUAUUUGUAAGCAGCAGAUUUUCUAUUUUGUUUCUUUGGAUGCAAAUUUUGCAAAGAACAACUACGGACCUCCUAAGAAAACUUAAGCAUCGAAUUGUUUGUCGGGGAGACUCCACAAAGGGCUUUUCAAUUAACAGCCAUGUGGCGCCCGGAGCUGGUGUGAGCGGCGGCGCGGGCGCCAUGUUGCCGCUGCGGCUGCGGCGCGUGGCGGGGCUGGAGGGCCGCCUCAACGACGUGCUGUUCACGCCGGCCGCGCGCGCCCCCGCGCCCCUCACCAGCCCCCAGACGCUGGUAUUCUUCGGUGGGGAUGUACAGGAUUAUCCAGAAGUGAUGCAGGCGCAUCGAGACAACCGGAAUUACUUGAAGUGGAACCUGGAGAGUACGGCGCGCCUACUGUCACACAACUUCCCAUCGAAACACAUCCUCGUCGUGAGACCCUCCAGGAUAGAGUACAAGAGCUUCAGCUGUUACGACAACUUCGUGCCGAGCAAUAACGCGGGUGUUCCCGACCACACACCCACUCACAGCGCGCUGCACCAUCUGGAGAAAUUACUUCAAGGCGUGACGAGCAGGCUAAAAUCACUACCUUCAGCGGAGCUGUUGGAAGCAGUCUCAUCUGUUUCUUUGCCUGAAGAAAUUGAUAUUGAAGAUCUGCAUACGGCGACAGCAAAAAUGGCGACGGAGCCGUCCCACUCUAACGGCGCGACGAAGACCGACGAACACAAGCCUGAGAUGGACCCGCUGUGGUGGAGAGAAGGGCUGGCGCUAGACUGCAGCGCGCUCACCCUGGUGGGGUUCAGCAAGGGUUGCGUGGUGCUCAACCAGGCCAUAUACGAGUUCCACUACACCAAGACGCUGACGCCCGGAGACGCGCACAUGAUGAGGUUCAUGGAGCGGAUAGAGGAGAUGUACUGGCUGGACGGAGGGCACGCGGGAGGGAAGAACACUUGGAUCACCUCGCGUAGCCUGCUCGAGACACUCACCAGGCUCAAUGUUAAUAUCUACAUCCACGUGAGCCCCUACCAGGUGCAAGACGAGGGGCGGCCGUGGAUCGGUCGCGAGGAGAAAGCAUUCACUGCACUACUACGGAAACUCGGCGCCAAGGUGCAAAGGUACCUGCACUCGGAAGUAGGCGCUCCUCACAAUCUGCACAUGCACUUUGACGUGCUCGGCAACUUCAAGCGGUUGCAGGACUCUGCGCCCGCGCUGCUGCCGGAGUCCUCCGACGACGAGAACUAACUUGUGAGUACACGACGUUGUACGGUCACGAGUACCUACUAAUAUGUAUACACUUUGAUACCAUGUCACAUUAACUUUUUUAACAAAUUAAACCGAAGUCUCAUUAAAUGUCAAAUAUGAUAGUGCGACAGGGUUCCAAAGUGGGUACAUGAUAUUGCUCAUGACAGUAAAAAUAUGAAUUAUUUUUGUUAUUGUAAAUUGUAACGACCGAUCGCAAAGCAACAUAGAAGUAAUUCAUCUAAAAAUAUUGCCUUUGAAUAUUUUUCUUGACAUGUGCACUUAUUUUCAUAUGCGCAAAUGUCAUAGUGCAAUAUUGCCUUUUUAGAUGAAUUGCUUGAAUGCGGCCUUCAGGUGUUGAUAUUUACUAAUUUAAUGCUGAUUUAACUUUAAUAGUAUUUUAUGCAACAGUUGUAUAAGAAGGGUCAAAAAAUGCGAGUGGCGUGAGUUGCGAUGUGAGCCUUAGCGAACAUCGCAAUAAGAGACGCCACGAGCAUUUUUUGACCUAGUUAUACAACGUUGCAUACAAUACUUUUUCUACGACGACGUAAUUUUAAACGAAACACAAAAAUUUUCCAAUUUAUUUUCCAACGCGCGGGAAAAUGGCGGCAAAUGUAUACUUUUUUUUAUAGUAUAUCUAUGGCACCAAACAAAGUAAAGGUGCCAGUUUCCAGGUCAAAAAAAAAAAACAACAACAAUGCUUUUAUAGGCCAUAGAGCGUACACUUUUUCAAAGAGUUUAAUUAUGUAUGUACUUAUAUUAGACUUUUUGGUUAUUUAAAUGCCAGAUUAAA